GACUGGCUCUCUUACUUCUGGGUAUCCUAAUUUGAUUGAAAUUUGGAUAAUAGGGUUUUAAAGGGGUAGUGUAACCAACAGGCGAACACGUGGAGCCCAGGGGAUGUUAGCGGCCACUCGGAGGAUCCAUUGCUCAGGCCUAGAGCGGCCCCGCGAGUCUUUCGCUUUGAAACUGGAUAUCGAUCCGCGAUAAUGAGGAGCGGUGCGCCCGAAACCUUGUUUUUACUCAUUUUACAAGUGUCCGUGCUCCUCUGCGUGUGCGCACAAGGUAGCCAGAGUUAUUCCUACGCAGACUGCACUCAGCUCCGGGAGAAUGAAGAGAGCACGCACUUUGGAGGACGCUGCUUCUGCUACAGCUCCGGCACAGUCAUUAAAUGGAAAGAUUUCUGGUCCACGUUUCAGGUGCGCGUGACCGGUGAUGACAGCGCACGCAUCGUGUACCCGAUUGGGGAGGGGAGCUGUUACACGCCCGACCGCUUGGCUGUGCUACUGCAGUGCCUAGUGAGUCAGGCAUGGGCCCCCAGCGCGUCGAGUGAGAAUGGCGUCCAUAUUCCUCUGGUGGACGAGGACGUCUGCUUCCACGUCCAAGCCAGGCCCAAUACGAGAUACACCUUGCAUGUAACUGGGAAAAAGCUGAACAGACUGCGUUUUGGUCUGUUUGCUGGCGGACUCCUCCUCUUCAUCUUUGCUGGGACCUUAUGCAGGAGUACUCUGUUUUACUACAUCGUGGGAGUGUCCCUGGGGAUGGUGUCUAUAUUAGUGUUCAUAGUGCUCGUGUUGAAGAGUUUCAUACCUCAGAGGGGACUGUUUCUGGUGCUGGUUGCCUCUUGCUCCAGCCUUACUUACCUGGGCUUCCAGCAGCUCCUGACUCACUGGGAGGAGGUGGUGUUGCUCUACUGGAAGGGAUUACUGGGUUACGUGCUGGCAUCAGGCUUUAUCAGUUUCUUAGUUUGCUACUGGCGCGGCCCUGUGAUGGACAAGCGUACGCUAGUAGUGCUGACUUGGACCGUGCAGGCAGUAGCUUUGGGUCUGAUGUCCUACGGCAUGACGUACCCUCCAGCUGCCUGCGCGCUGAUCGGCACCCUUGUGGGGAUGAAGUGCCUCUCCUUCAUCUGGAGACUCUUUUGGGGGAUCUGCAGACAAACGGGCCGUCUCUUUGGAUCAGUCCUGGGUUUGUUCCGUCGUCGUCGACCACAGGUUCGCCUGCUGACGGAGGAGGAAUACCGGGAACAAGGGGAGAUCCACACCAAGGCCUCGCUGGAGGAGCUUAGGUGCCACUGUAACAGGCCCGACUUCCCAGCCUGGGACACUGUGCUGAGACUCCGCUCCCCCCAGAGGUUUGCAGAGUUUCUGCGAGGGGGCUCCCAUGUCAGUCCCGGGGAAUCCCAGAGCCACGACAAUGAAUACGGACUAGGAGGCUCUUACUUCGGAGACAUGAUCUUCUCCUCAGACCACCGGGGGGCGCCCGUUCCCAGCAGAGCGUUUUCAAUGCUGGGGUCCGGAGAUGACAUUAGUGAGGAUGAGCUGGACUGCAGCGACCCGAGCCCCCCCGCUGCAAGCCCUGUCUCCGGCCCCCUGCCACUGCAGCCCGGCCUCUUGGCUCUUCCGCCACCGACAUUCAGCCCGCCCAUCUGCCCCUACCCACCCACCCCCUACACACCACCUCCUGGGGCAGAGGUGACAGAGGACAUGGAGCUCUUCUGAGCACACCCAUCUCACUUUACCUAAAGAGCCCUGGUAAUUGGGUUCAAACCCAAAGCUGCCGUGACCGUUUUAAUGUUUGUGCCAUUUAUGCAUAAGUGACAUGGAGAGUCAGCGCUCAUAAAGAAGAAACAGACAGUGUGCUGACGCAGGGAGGCGAGGAAUGAAAUGCAUCUUUUUUAAAUCUGAAAUCCAGCUGGGUUUCUGGAACAUUUUAGUUAAUCGUGUCUGAGAGGCAUUCUUAAUGAUGCAUUUUCUAUUCUGCCGUAUAGCUGUGCUUAUAUUUAUCCUCCCACUUCUUAGCAUUUAAAAACACAUACAUGUUUUGUGUCCUUUCGGAAGGACAGUGAAACGCGCUACUCAGCAGCAAACAAUGGCUUUACCUGACGGCUGUGACGCGGGGUGUGCUGCCGCUGUUUUUCGUCUGCACGGUUCUUCCAAAUCUCUCAUAUUUCAGGUGCCUGGAGGGCACUCAUACUGUUCCCUGCCUGAUAAUAAGCUCUGACUUGUCAGAUGUACUUCGGUGAGAUCCUGAGAAGUGCUGCCCUCCAACGUUCAGCUUGAGCAAUAUGAAAGCAGUGGACCAUCCUCUGUAUCGUACUUUAGCAGGUGUUCAUUCCUCUCCGUAAGACUAAACCGUUUAUUGGUGUGUGUGCUACCUCAGCUAGUAGUGAGUGAUUGAACUACCUGUUUGUGCGCUUCCCUGUUCAUGUGAAAACCACUCCUAAACUGAAGCCGCACGAUGGUCCGGGACGACAGGAAUUUUCCUGUUCCUGCUUGAAUACUCAAUAUACUAUGGAUGGAUGGCACAGAUGUUAAGAGAUGGGUCCUACGUAGAAGAAUCGCCCACAUUCAUUCUCACCUAACUACUUAUUUACUCUUGAGGCCUUCAAGUUUAUUUAUUUUUUUAGUCUUUAGGCAGAAAUUUUUAAAUGUAAUGAAAUUUUAAAAAAUUCUCUCGUACUUUGAUACACUGUGCUCUUUAGUUGUGAUCAUAAAAAUUCAGACCUCUUUGACAUUCAGGGUUUUGUGAAACGUGUUGUUUUAAUAAAAAUCUUUAGUUCUCGA